AUGCCUUGUAUAGUCGAAGGGUUACGGGAGCACGGAGAGCAGGCAGAUGAUGACAGCGCCUGGAGCCUGGCGGACUGGGGCCCAGCACGCAGGAGAGGAGCCCCGCAGACAGGGCCCCAGCACGCAGCUGAUAUACACUUCUCAGUGGGGCCUAUCGUGGAGCUGACACCCGGCACUGGGUCGAGUGGGCCCAGUGGCGCAGGGAUGAUGAAGGCUCCCAGUCACAUGGGCGUGAAGCAAUGGCUAGAACCUAGCAGUCCUUCUCGCGUGUUUGCAGCGCUUCUUCCAGCUGCAUCGGAAUUCUACGGCGAUGAAAACUUGACUGGCUUCGUUAGAGUUGCUAAAGAGACUACAGCAGUGCCACAAAUACCGCCGAGAGAAGUUCAGGUAACGGGAAACGCCGAGAUGUCCUGCCCUCCCGACCGGGCUACUGUUUCCAUCAGUGUUAGCAGCAGCAAAGAGUCGGUCAAUGAUGUGCAGAACAGUGUCUCGCGACGCGUGGAAUAUAUAAUUCAGACUGUCCGGCAGCACUACGUGAAGGAGGCAGACACAGCUGUCACGAAAUACAUCCAAAAAGUGGAUGACCUUUACAUUAUGGAGGUCGAGGUCCUAGUGGUGUUCUUAGAUUUCGACAAGAUGCAGAAAGUGCGAUCCGUACUCUUGGAGAAGUUGGACAAGAGUGUGUGUGUUGGAGUUCCACACUUUACACACAGCCCGGAGUGUCUCAGUGCACUAAGACGACGCGUGUGUGUGGCAGCGGUGGAAAACGCUCGUCUGAAGGCGAGCGAGGUGUGUUGCACCUUGGGACAGGGUCUCGGGCGGCCCUUGCUGGUCCGGGAGGAGGAGUCACGAGAGUGGAGCUGCGGAGACACGCCCCUCACAUUACAACAGAGGGCGGGGCUUAUUGCUCUCACUGUCUCCUCACGCGUCUUUGUUUCCUUUGAACUUCGACCCAAAGACAGACCCAGGAAGAAGCCCUAGGGGCCUACAACCAUUGGUUGGCUAUAACCUCUAACCUCUAAUCUGUUAUAAUGCUCAGGUGCUCACUGUUGAGAGGACCAGAGACCUACUUUGUCAAAAUAUACUAUGAUUGUCAUUAAAUGAUACAUGGAGUAUCAUUCUGAAUCAUGUUAAUUAAGUAUAACUUUUGCACUCUGAAACUGUACGUAAUCUAACCAUGGUUCUAUGGUUCAGUGAUAUUGAUAAAUGAAGGCCCUGGUUGAGGAUGAAUUGAUGGGAAUGGAUGAAUGAUUGAGUACCUUGAAUGCUUGGUUUCAGUUACCCACAGAUGUAUUUCCUGUUUGCUAAAUUUAGAAUGGUUGAGGGGAAACAGUGCAAUGAUUAGGUAGCGAAACAUGAGAAAUGAGGACGGGCCAUUUUUGUUUUUUCAGUGUUAUUUCCAGUCUAAUGAUCUGUAAAGAAACAUGAACAUUAAUAGCUCAUUUCACUAACCAAAGAGACACUCAGGGGCCAAAAGGUUAGAUCACAAUUAAUCAAUCAAGAGUACUGUAAUGCGUUAUAUAAGUGGCACCACUUGCUGUUCCAAGGUGAUUUUAUACUGGUUUGUAUGCCGUCACUAUGUUGGAUUAAA